GUGAUAAUAUAUUUUACCGUCUACAUUUUGUAGUAGGUAGUAGAACUACAGGGCAGUACUUAUUUGUACUGCCCUGUACUGCCUUGUGACAGUGCAGGAAAGAGGCAUUAUUGAUAACCUAUUAUUGAUAUAUGCGCGUACGGUGCUCGCGGGGUAAGUACGUCACGAGCAUACGUUAACUGCCUCUCGGUGAUUGCGUAACAGGAUAAACAGAAGAGUUUUCUAAAGUCCGACAUGCGGGUGUGGUGAUAGCGAGCAGUGAAGCACAGUAUAAAACACCAUCUUCUUUUGCCACAAGGAUAGGGUUGGGUUGGUAGGACGCGCUUUGGUACGAACAUUUCAGUUUUUACCCCGACUACACAGAAAAGAAAACUUUAAACAUGGAUCAGCAACUGCUACAGGUUGUAAUUGCUCUCGCUUGUGUUGCAAGUGUUCUUGUAUUACUGCUAAAGUGGACGCGUUAUCAGAGAGCACAGAAGAAAAUACUACGCGCCAGAGAAAGGAGAACUGCAUCACUUGAACAAGCGGAACAAGCCGUGCACGAAUUUAAGAAAGCGAAUCCUGGCGUAGACUCGACUAACAUCGUAAGCCUUCCUUUAGCUGAGCUCACUAAGCGAAUAAGAUCCGGAUCUCUGCAGCCAGAGGCCGUGCUCCACGCCUACAUAGAAAAGGCUCUGGAGGUGAAUCAGAAACUAAACUGUGGCACUGAUGUUCUCAUGGAGAGUCUGAAGCAGCUGGAAGACAUUGAGUCCCACAGGAAUGGCAUUCUCUAUGGGGUUCCUGUCAGCCUCAAGGAGAAUAUCGGGUACAAGGGCUAUGACUCUUCUUGUGGAGUGUUGUGUAAGCUGAAUGAACCUGCAUUAAAUGACAGUGUGGUGGUCAGAGUCCUGAAGAGGCAGGGAGCAGUCCCCUUCAUCAAAACCAACAUCCCCCAGGGCCUGCUAAAUUAUGAAUGUAGCAACCCAAUCUAUGGGAUGACUGUGAACCCACAUAAUCUUCAGAAGACAUGUGGUGGUUCUUCUGGAGGGGAGGGUGCUCUGAUUGGAGGAGGAGGCUCCAUUCUGGGUCUGGGCACCGACAUUGCUGGAAGUAUUCGUAUCCCAGCAUCCUUCUGUGGCAUCUGUGGCUUCAAGCCUACAUUCAACAGGAUAAGUUUACAUGGAGUAAAUUCUUGUGUUAAAGGCAUAAAAUCAGUGCCGUCUUCCAUUGGCCCCAUGGCCCGAGAUGUGGAGAGUCUGGCUCUGUGUAUGAGGGCACUGCUCAGCACGGACAUGUUCAGUCUGGACCCAACAAUUCCUCCAUUACCAUUCAACCAGCAGGUGUAUGACAGCACAGAACACCUGAGGAUUGGUUACUAUGACAAUGAUGGGUACCAUCAGCCAUCUCCAAGCAUGUCCAGAGCCCUGCAAGAAACUAAGAAACUUCUGGAACAAGCAGGUCACACGCUUGUUCCAUUCCAGCCCCCAAGGCUGUUCAUGGCCAUUCAUGAGUAUGCCACAAAGGGUAUUCUCGCUGAUGGAGGCACUACUCUUCUUCGCUACUUAGAGGAAGGCCCCAUUGACCCAUGUCUACAACCCCAGGCAAUCACCUAUAGUAUUCCUCGCUUUGUUAAGAAGAUUCUCUCUAUUUUUCUCAGACCCAUUUGUCCGCGCAUGGCCUCAGCUAUGAAUGCAAUUUGUGGAGUCAACUCUGUGACAGACAUGUGGGAGCAACACAAAAAUAUUGAGGACUACAUCUCUGAGGUCAUCGCAGAGUGGAGGAGACUGGAGAUGGAUGUUCUGCUCUGCCCUGUACUGGGACCUGCCUACAACUUCUACUACAGUGGAAUGCUCACCAGUUCCCUCAGUUACACUGUGAUGUACAACCUGCUAAACUUCCCUGCGGGGGUGGUGCCUGUCACCACAGUGACCGCCGACGAUGAAGCCCAGAUGAAUCGGUACAGAGGGAACUUUGCGGACAUCUGGGACAAACUCUUCCUCAAGGCGGUGCAGGACAGUGUGGGCUUGCCAGUAGCAGUGCAGUGUGUGUCUCUGCCAUGGCAAGAUGAGCUGUGUCUGCGUUUCAUGAGAGAAGUGGAAAAGCUCUCUGUCAGGAAGAAACACACAAACACAUACUAACACACACAAACAUGCCUUCACCACACACUCAAAAAAUGUUUAACAACACAUUUUUUGUUUUAGCACUUAUCACUAAAACAUUGUUGCUAUGUUAUAUAAAUUUUUAUUUAAUUAUUUUUUUUGUUUGCUUACUUUUUAAUUAAAAAUUAUUCUAGUAAUAUAUUACUGGCUAUUGCUACUUAGCUAGCGAAAGAAAUCUCAUAAAGUGUGAGGUCAAUUUUAGACUAUAGCAUAUUUAAUGAAUGCUAACUCUACAACUGACUGAUUUGAGCUUGUAACAGUGAAUUUAGGCCAAAAGAAAACUGUAGACUGUCUUCCAUAUAGAUUGUGUAACUAAAACAAAUCUUUGUGUUAAAAGAU